ACAAAUAUCCAAAAACACUCCUAAGCUAGACUAACCUACUUCAAUACAGCUAACCAAAAAUACAGUGAGUGUUCCGCCCAAUUCUAACCAGUGUAUUCAGACAUAUUUUACCUACGGGUAGUGUACGCCUUUUCCCACCAACAAACAAACAGUCACACACCAUAACAAUACUCACAUGUGGGGACAAAGUGACAUGUAGACAUAAACCAAACAAUUGCUCAACAGCGAGAUUGCAUGACAGAGAGAUGGCACUCCAGAGAAAACAACUGAAUGGGUUUUUAAACCAAGGGAAAGGGGAUGUGAUUGGGUAAUGGAAACAGGAGGAGGUGUGUCUUCUGAUUAGCAACUGAUUGAUGACUGAUUGGGGAAGGAUGAUUGCCACCUGUAAAGAGGGGAGAAGGAGAGAAAAGAAAUACACACACAGAAUACUUGUAUCCGUAACAGGGGGCAAUCCAAAUCUCACUUAGGACCCCCAAAAGGCUAGAGCCGGCCCUGGGUUAUGUGAAACUCAUUUGGAAGCAUCACGGGAAAUAGCGUUAUGUUCAAAUUGAUCAUGAAUAAGAAAGAAAUUUCAAGGAGAGUUUCAGCCACAACAAAAUACUGCAAAAUAGUGUGGUCAAACUCAUGGAAUGGAAAGGAGAAGUGAUUGUUCUUGCAGAGGUGUUAUUUUUUCCCCUCCGCUAUGAUCACUGAUUGCUGCAUGACUUGUUCAGUAGAGUAAUCUUAGGCAGGCAGCCAAUGCCAGUGAAUUCAUUCACAACGCAGACAUUGAGCUGGAUAGUAGCUAGACGCAGAAGGUGGCCUCUCAGGUCAAUUGCCUGAUUAAUAUAUGGAUACAUUUAACAAGUUCACGGCUCCUGCAACUGUAAAACUUCGCCAGCUUCAGAAGAUGGUCCAGGAUAUCAAGAAGAAUGAUGACAGUAUCCUUAACAGGCUGAGAAGAUUUAAAAACAAAUCCGCUCCAAAAGUACCUGUAAGAGACUAUCAAGGUGAUGACUUGGAUGGUGAACAGUGGUCUGAAAAUGAGUUUGAUAGUGACACUUAUGAGGAACCUCAAGGGGAGCAGGAUAAUAGCUAUGAGCCUCCUCCCAGUCAGAGUGUCUUCACCACCACCACCUCAUCUGCCUGCUUACCCAGGGGGGACUACGUAGACAGCUGCCGUGACAGGCCAACCCACCCACCCAGGAAGCCCAUCUGCCUACCAAAACUCACCAGACCAUCACCAUCACUUCCCCCCAAACCCAACCAGCAGGACGACAAUGAGGAAGACUACGUCAUCCCAAAAAGUGAUGAUGAAGACAACUAUAUAGACCCCACAGAGGGACCUCCUGCUAACCGUCCAAUGCACGGAAGAGGCAAACCAGUAGAGAGCAGUCCUUCCAUGUCUAAGACUGUGCCAGAGCGCUCAAAUAGCCCAGAUGUGUAUGAAGUUCCUGACAUUGAGGAAAACUCUCCUCCCCCAGUGAGCAGACCUUCCGCACUCAAAGUCCCUGCACAGGGUUUUCCCCCUAGAGCCAGCCCAAGAAUGCACCUAAAGACAUGUCCAUCCAACCCAGUCCAGGAGCCCAUAGAUGAUGAAUAUGAAGUGUGCGAUCCAGAUGAAAGUGGCAGUACAAAGGCUGCUGAGAAGGCCCUGCCUGUGCUUCCCAAACCAAUGCCCAGAGAGACGAAGCCAUUGAAGCCACCUUUAAGGCCGAGGCAAGAUAUUGCAUCCAGGGAAAAUGAAGGCCCAGCACUGGCCAUGAGGCACAGUACCCAGAAACCCACGACCACACCCCAGCCCUCUGAAUACAAACGUGCCAAGAUUCCUCUGCCACAGAUGUUUACCUCUCCUAAACCUGACAGAGGAACCGUACCCACAGCUGAAAAAAAGUUGACGGAUGCUGAAGAGGCGGCAGAUGUCUUGAAGAAACCCUGGUAUGCCAGCACCUGUGACCGUAAGACAGCUGAGGAUACUUUGGUUCGCUCAAAUAAGGAUGGGGCAUUUCUAAUAAGGAAGAGCUCUGGUCAAGACAGACAGCAGCCAUACACUUUAGUGGUGUAUUAUAACAGUAGAGUCUACAACAUCCCAGUACGCUACAUCCAAGCAUCGCAGCAGUACACUCUUGGAAGGGAGAAGAAAGGAGAGGAGCGUUUCACCAGUGUUUCCCACAUCAUUGAGAACCAUCAGAGGAACCCCCUGGUACUGAUUGACAGCCAGAGGAACACCAAGGACUUCACCAAAUUGUGCUAUGCUGUGAAGCCUUAGGCCUCACUAGACCCUCACUAGUACUAUGGACCAUCCCAAAUCAGGCAAUUUGAUGCUGCACUCAAGUCUGAUCUUACAGAGCAUCUGUUCAGGGUUUGUGAACAACAGUUUAGUCACAUUCACCAGCCAUGGCUAUCCAAGCAAGACCAGCAUGAAAUGUACAUAAUGUACUGUGUUAGCUCAGUCAAAUUGUUCAUGUGUGGGAAUAUUCAAACUUGUGUUGAACAUUUUGCAUUCUAUGGGGUCUUUUCCAACAAGCAUUAUCCCUUGGACAGUGCCAUUAUGUAUUCUUACAGAAUAACAGAUUAUAGAAAUGUUAUGAAUAGAAUGUAACGUAGUAUACAUACACUGAACAAAAAUAUAAAGGCAACAUGCAACAAUUUUUAAAUGUUACACAGUUACAGUUCAUAUAAGGAAAUCUGUCAAUUGAAAUAAAUGUAUUAGGCAGUAA